AUAAAGGACACAGAAAGAAGAAAAUAUAAGUUAUUUAGUUAUAGGAAACAUAUUUUUUGGUUUUCCUGGUUCAAGAUGAAGACUCUAUUCGUUUUAUGUACAGCUGUAACAGUUCUACAGGUUUUUGAUGUAUCCAUCACUGAAAUUUCAGCAUUGAGAACAAACCCAACAAGCCCUACACCCAGAGAAGCUGUUGAUCCGGGAUCAGGAAAACCAAUAGUCAAGCCAAGAGCAAUAACAAAACCAAAUGGAACUCCAGAAAGCAAGCCCACUAAUCCUGAACCAGCCAACGGCGAACCUGGAACAAAUCCAAACGAAGAGGAAUCGUCGGAAGUUGAACCAACGACUAUAAAAGAAUCGGGUAGAAGAGCUGUAAGAACGGCGAAGAGGAUAGCCAACAGACGGGGAGCCGGUUUAUUAAACAGUUUCACUGGGCUGUUAAAAACGGCCAAUAAUACAGCCGACUUUUUUGGAAGAUUUUUGCGAGACCGGUCGAAAAAUGUGAAGGACGUGGCUAAGGAGAGUAUGGGUAUGGUGUCGAGUUUCAGCGACAGAUCAACAAAUGGAGCAAAAAAUUUAAUGAAAAGCGCCAGAAUUAUCGGUAACCAGGGUGCAAAUACAAUGUAUUCCACGUUGCAAAAAUCUACGAGCUUGGGUAAAAAUUUAGUUAAAUUAGGAGGGACUGUUGUGGGCACGCCGAUUUCUAUAGGUGAAGACGUAGUGAGUACCGGAAACAGCAUUGCAAAAAUACCUAGUAAAGUAUCGAGAAUUGUUAGCGAAGGUGCGAUUAAACCACUUUUGAAUACUUUCGGACCAAACAGCGACGAAGAAGAACCCGAAGAAGAACCAGAAGAAGAAAAUCCACCCAAAACCGAAACCCCAAAAGCCCCGACUCCGGCUGCACCAAUCACUCGGAAACCAACAAUUAAUAAAAAACCGACAUAAUAACGGUUUAAUUGAUAAGCUCGUAGAUAAUAAAUUAUCAUGUUGUCAUAUCGAUAAUAUUUGUAAAAAGUAGUACAUACCUAUAAAAUAUAAUUGACUGGCAUGCGGGUUAAAAGGGAAUAAGCAGGUUAAAUUCGCUACCUACUUACUUUUAGAGACAAAAAAAUUAUUUUGUGUAUGACUGUAUCGACUGAAAAGACUUAAAAAUAUAAAAAUAAUAAAAAUCAAAUAUUUUGGUUAUGAAAUUUACAUAGAACAUUUUAACAUUUUAUUAUACGAGAUACCGUAACGAUAGAAAAAUGCCUUAUUCCCUUUUACGCGAUCAUUCUCCAAUACCAAUAUUGUACUGUUAAAAUAAUAAACAAUAUAAAACUAUAA